AUGACCUCACUGAACCGCGAUCAGCGUGAGGACUACGCCUACUUGAUGAAGCAGGCACUCGCGGAGGACGGGGUGAUGUACGUGGAGGGCAUCUUCCACACCGGCCGGGUGCAGGGCAGCACGGUGCAUGGGCCCCCCUUCGCGUUGUCGCAGCGGGAGCUGAAGCGUCUCUUCCCAGAAAAAGACGGCUUUUUGGUGCGCUGCAAGGAAACUAAUGAUGCCAUAACGAAGCUGAGCCGCGAAAAUCGCAUUCUGCAACGGAUCCCGAAGGAGUUGUACGCUACACCGUUUCACUGCGCGGUGUUUCAAGUGAGGAGCGUUGAUGCGGCGGCGGUGACACUCCCAUGA